AUCCGGUUUCCGGUUAGACGACGCUCUCAUAACAAAGAUGGCGGAGAUGGAGGAGGUUGGAGUGUAUUUCGUGGUGAACAACAUUCCGAUGAAAUUUCGCUCCGCUGACCUGAGAAAUUAUUUCAGCCAGUUUAUAGAAAGCGGAGGAUUCUUGUGUUUCCAUUACCGACACCGACCGGAAGUGAAAAGAAACACGGCGGAAGAAGAAGAAAAGGCCGAGAGACAGACAGAGGAGGAGGAGGAGGGUGAAGGUGAUGAGGAGGAGAAGAAGAAGAUAAAGAAGAGUGAGAUUAAGGCUGAAGCUUCGUGUUGUUGUGUGAUUUUGGUGAAGAAAAGUGAAGCGGAGCGCUUUGUGAAGAUGUACAGCGGAAAUCAGUGGAUCGACUCGAAGGGAAAUUGGUUAAUAAAACGCUGCCUGAUCCGGAGGGUUAAAGUGUGCAAUCACCCCGACUCGGACGCUUUUCCGUAUAAGACGAAGGCGGAGCUGAGGCGUCCCACGGCGCACACGGAGCGUUUCACCGCAUCCGAUCUCCGCGCCCUGCCCGAGCUGACUCCGCCCGCUCUGAUGGCCGCGGGGAACGUCGGCACUCCGGUCAGCGUGUUCCUGAAACUCAUCCAAUCCUGCCGCUUUCCUCCGCGCCUCAUCCGUAAACUCGGCCUCACCUUCCCCAAGACGGGGUCGAACCGUCGCUACGGCAACGUCCCCUACCACUAUAAAACCGCGGUGGUGGCGGCGAGCGAGGAGAGCGUGUUCACCGCGGGAGGGGUGGAAAUCUGCGGCCCAGGGGGCGUCGCUCCGCCCAAGGACACGGAGGAGAUGAGAGACAAGACACUGUGGAAAAAAGGCCGGCCAAUCAGAGAGGACUGUCAGGAGAUAGGGGCGGAACAAGAGGAGGAAGAGGAGGAGUCAGGACCAGAUGAUGACGAUGACCGGUGUGAGGAAUGGGAGCGUCACGAGGCUCUGCACGAGGACGUGACGUCUCAGGAGAGAAGUAAAGAGCGUCUGUACGAGGAGGAGAUCGAGCUGAAGUGGGAGAAAGGAGGAUCAGGCCUGGUGUUCUACACCGACGCUCAGUACUGGCAGGAGGAGGAGGAGGGGGAUUUUGACGAGCAGACAGCAGACGACUGGGACGUCGACAUGAGCGUCUACUACGAUAAAGACGGAGGAGACAUGGACUCCAGAGACUACGUACGCAUGCGCUACGAGAAGCGACUGAGGGACGGAGUGGAGCGUCCGGAGAGCAGCCAACAGAAAAUCGGCACCUUCGAGAAAUUCACCAAGGGAGUGGGGCGGCGUGUGAUGGAGAAACAGGGAUGGAAAGACGGCGAUGGACUCGGACACUCUCGCUCAGGAAUUCCCGAGGCUUUAGAGAACGAAGGACAGCAUCCCAACUGUAAACGAGGCUUUGGGUACCACGGUGAAAAACUCUGCUCUUUCCAACCUUCGAAAAAACCUCGACCUGAUUUUCACAUAUCCACCGUUUACGACCAGCCGAAAGACAUGGACCUCGGUGACACACUCCUCCGCCGGCAACCAAACACCAGCAUGAAACACACACACUGGCAUCUGGUGGAACGAACAGAACCACAAACUUUAUAACCUUUUACUGUGUGCGUGUGUGUGUGUGUGUGUGUGUGUGUGUGUGUGUGUGUGUGUGUGUGUUUUAGGAAUCUUGGAUUUGAAUCUGAAAUGAUGUUCCCUUGUUUUAAAGGGUGCCAAUAUAUUUGUUACAUUAUUUUUCUGACUCGAGUUUAUUAAUGUAUUGAAAAAUACAAAAAUACGAAAAUUGUUUUCGAAUCGGAUUUCUUUUUCUCGGUUCACCAGAAAGAGUCGACUCUUUUUAUAAAUAGAUUUAAAAUCAUGAUCAUUUUAAUAACAUUGCGAUUAUUUUGAUUGAUCUUGUGAAAAUGUGUUUAAUAAAAUUUUUACUGUUAUUGAGA